CUCACUCCCGGCGCCAAGCGGGGAGGUGUGUUAGAGCCAUGGCUGCUGCCAACCCUUGGGACCCGGCUUCCGCGCCCAACGCCGCAGGGCUACUGUUGGGCCACUUCGUGGCUUCAGGGUUGGUCACUGAGAUCGAACCCAGUGGCAAACACUCUACCACAGAGCUACAAUCCCAGGCCCUGUUGAGAGAAUUUUAAGCAUUGAUGGGAGAUGUUAAAUAUAUCUAAGAAAACAGUUCCUUGUUUUGAGAAAUUCUCCAGGUUACAAGAAAUCACAAAUAUUCAAGCUGAAAUCUAUCAGAAAAGCCUGGAAAUUGAACUUCUGAAACUAGAAAAAGAUGCAGCAGAUGUUAUUCAUCCUUUCUAUUUGGCUCAAAAGUGUUAUGAUCUACAAAGUAUGAAUAAUCAUCUGGAAGCUGUGCUAAAAGAGAAGAGGUCCCUCAGGCAAAGACUGUUGAAACCCAUGUGCCAGGAAAACUUACCUAUGGAAGCUUUUUUUCACAGAUAUAUGGUACAUUUGCUGGAGUUGGCUGUGACUUUCAUUGAGAGAUUGGAAACCCAUCUUGAAACAAUUAGAAAUAUCCCUCAUUUAGAUGCAAAUCUAAAGAAAAUGAGCAAGGCUUUAGCUGAGAUGGAUAUUUUGGUGACUGAGACAGAAGAACUAACAGAGAAUAUACUCAAGUGGCGAGAACAACAAAAGGAGAUUUCUUCUUGUAUCCCCAAAAUAUUAGCUGAAGAAAAUUACCUUCAUAAAUCUGAUGUUAUAAUUCCUCCAUUACCUUUUACUUCUAAAGGUCAUACCCAAACGACUAAUGUCAAGUGAUCAUCAAUUUUAUUUUCCCUAAUUAUAUGUUGUCAUAUAAAGUUCAUUUCUAGUUGAUUGUAACAUACGUAUUUAAAGGCUUUGCUGCUAGCAAUACUGAACCAGCCCUCUGUAUAUUGGAGUACCAAGAUUUCAAAUUUAUUAGGACCAAGCACUUCUUUCUGAUUAAAAGACUAAAAAACUAAA